AUGAGUUCCGUUCUUUUCCCUAUCGAUGAUUUCAACACUAGAAUCUCUCUCAUUCGCUACGGAUCAUCUGCUUUCAUUUCCCAUCGUCUGAAUGAAGAACAGUCCUACUCUAAAAUCAAAGAAAACCUUUUUCGACUGGAGCAUACUUUUGAAGACCAGACGAAUGUUCACUUUGGCCUUCGAAAAGCAAUGACUGAGUUUUCAAGCUGCCCACGUGACGAGAAAAAUCAGAACUCAAAGAAGGCAAUCGUCAUUAUUACAGACGGCGAAUUUACAGAACCGAAACUGGCAGUUGAAGAAUUAAAAAUUGCAAAAUCAAUCGGAGUCGAAAUUUUCAUCCUAGCUGUUGGUGACUUUGAUUUGAACCUUUCUCAUCACGAAAUAGAGAGAACGAUCGACUACAUAAUCCACGUCGAUGAUUUUGAAGAGCUCCUCGAGAAGAUUUUCUUCGUCAAAAAAGCUCAAUUUGAAUGCUUUGAUUAUUUCGAAGAAGAUAAUUUCGAUGAUGACGACAAUGAGCUUGAAGAAGUACAUUUUCGUGAUGCUUGUUUUGGAGAAAAUCCUUGUGAUCAACUUUGUUUCAAUCAAAAAAACUCGGACUUGCCGAAAUGUGCCUGCGAGUUCGGCUACCUCUCUGUUGGAAAUUCCUGCGUCUUGGACUCUUCCUUCAAUCAAUCACAAAUUUCAACAAGCCGAUUGACGGAAAUACGAAAAAAUCUCACAAAUGGAACAAUUGAUAUUUUUCAAAAAGUCGCGAGCGCCCUAAAAAAGCAUAAAGAAGACCUUUUAUUCACUUGGAUUGUUGGAUGCAUUCUAGGGCUGACUUUUGUUGCUGGCAUCGUGCUGUUUAAAAUGUACAAAAAUAGGUCACGUGGCGGCAGAUAUUUUGAAUACUCGUGA